AUGUCAAAAGCGUAUGAUAGAGUGAAAUGGAGAUUUUUCGAAGAAAUACUGAAGAGGAUGGACUUUUGUGAUAUGUGGAUCAAGUGGAUCAUGAGUUGUAUCUCAACAAUCACCUACUCCUUCAAUAUCAAUGGAGAGUUAAGAGGAUAUGUGAUUCCAAAGAGAGGAAUCAGACAAGGAGACCCUUUGUCUCCAUACACAUUUUUGCUGUGCUCUGAAGGUUUCACUAAUUUUCCCAAGAAUGCAAGAAAAGAAAAGAGGAUCAUAGGAAUGAAAAUUUGUAGAGAAGGACCAUCAAUAGCUCACUUGUUUAUAACAGGUGAUUCUCUGGUAUUUAGCAAGGCAGAUCGUACUGAUGCAGCUAAGUUGAUACAGAUAUUGAGAAUAUAUGAGAAAGGCUCUGAUCAAGUGAUUAAUUUGAAAAAGUUUUCUGUGUUAUUUAGUAAAAAUGUGUCUCAGUCAACACACAAGGAGAUAUGCAGAAACUUUGAGAACCGUCAAGCUGUAUCCUAA